AGGACGCAGUGACUUUCACUUUGUCUUUAUGGGGGAUAAAAUGGUACUCUUGUUGUUUAGGGCAAUUUACUCACCAAAAUGACCUAAAACUGAAAAAUGCACAGUUUAAGGAAGGCCUUAAAGUUUUCUUCGGUUCUGUGGUGACAUUGUGACCCCAAGAUGACCCUCUUUGAGUUUUGGGAACGUUUUUUACAUUCUACUGGGACGCUUCUUCACCAGAGGAAGUGUGCAGCUGUGCAAGUCAGACAUUGGCCAAGCUCCAUCACGUGUCAUCGUCUUCCCAGGCUUCCAUUGGCUGGCACCUGUGGGGCUCUGUGAAGGAAAGCUUUUCUGACAGGACCCAGGAGCCCAGAAGAGUUGCUGCAAACUGAGAGAAGGACAAUGUCGGUGGAACCAGGAUGGAAGCAGAGGGGGUCAUCAAAGGAGUGCUGCUCUGGCAAAGCUCAGACCAACACAAAAACACACAAACUCAUCAUUCACUUUCCACUUUUCUGGUGCUGUGGAACUUAACAUUUUGACUUCAUGGAGGAUUACCACAAACCUGACCAGCAGACAGUGCAGGCGCUGAGGAACAUCGCCAACCGCCUCCGAAUCAACUCCAUUAAGGCAACGACUGCUGCUGGAAGUGGCCAUCCCACAUCAUGCUGCAGUGUAGCAGAGAUCAUGUCUGUCCUUUUCUUCCAUACCAUGAAGUACCGCCCCGAAGAUCCAAGAAAUUUCAACAACGACCGCUUCAUCCUUUCCAAGGGUCACGCUGCUCCUGCCUUGUACUCCAUGUGGGUUGAAACUGGUUUCCUAAAGGAGAGUGAUCUGCUCAGUUUGUGCCAGGUUGACUCGACCCUGGAGGGACACCCAACUCCGAGGCAACAAUUUGUCGAUGUAGCCACUGGAUCACUGGGGCAGGGUCUUGGCGUGGCCUGUGGAAUGGCUUACACUGGGAAAUACUUUGAUAAGUCCAGUUACCGUGUGUACUGCCUGCUGGGGGAUGGUGAGAUGUCGGAGGGCUCUGUCUGGGAAGCCAUGUCGUUUGCCUCCUACUAUCAGCUUGACAACUUGGUGGCCAUCAUGGAUGUCAACCGCUUGGGCCAAAGUGACCCUGCGCCACUGCAGCAUCAUGUAGAGAAAUAUCAGAAGCGCUGUGAGGCAUUUGGCUGGCAUGCCAUUAUUGUGGAUGGUCACAGUGUUGAAGAGCUUUGCAAGGCUUUGAGCCAACCACGUCAUCAACCUACUGCAAUUAUUGCUAAAACCACUAAAGGCAAAGGGAUUCCAGCUGCAGAGGAUAAACUGGGCUGGCAUGCAAAAGCUUUGCCUAAAGACAUGGCUGAGAUGGUUAUGAAGGAUCUGCAGAGCCGGAUUAUGAACACUAGCAAGCACCUUUACCCCCCGGCUCCCAUAGAGGACUCCCCUCCUGUUAGCCUGAGGAACAUCCGCAUGCCAAGUGCACCGAACUACAAGCCUGGAGAAAAAAUUGCCACUCGCAAGGCAUAUGGAAUGGCACUGGCCAAGUUGGGUCGCUACAACGAACGUGUUGUAGUCCUGGAUGGAGACACCAAUAAUCUCACCUGUUCUGAGAUCUUCAAGAAUGAACAUCCAAACCGUUUUGUUGAGUGCUACAUUGCUCAGCAGAACAUGGUCAGUGUUACCAUGGGAUGUGCUGCCCGCGAGAGGAACGUUGUAUUUGCCAGCACCCUUGCCUCCUUUUUUACCCGUGCCUAUGAUCAGAUUCGCAUGGCAGUGAUUUCAGAAAGCAACAUCAACUUGUGUGGCUCCCACUGUGGUCUGUCUACUGGAGAGGAAGGCCCCUCUCUGAUGGCUCUAGAAGACAUGGCUAUGUUCAGGGCCCUGCCUGCUGCUACAGUCUUCUACCCCAGUGAUGGUGUCACCACAGAAAAGGCUGUGGAACUGGCUGCAACCACAAAGGGUGUUUGCUACAUUCGAACCAGUCGCCAAGACAAUGCCAUCAUCUACAAUAGCAAUGAGGAUUUUCAUGUUGGACAGGCAAAGGUGGUGUUCCAGGGCAAAGAGGAUCAAGUGACUGUGGUUGCAGCAGGAGUAAUUGUGCAUGAAGCCAUUGCAGCUGCUGAGCAUCUCAAGAAAGAGAGGAUCUCUGUAAGAGUGAUUGAUCCCUUCACAAUCAAACCGCUGGACAUUAAAACCAUCAUCGACCAUGCACGCGUCACCAGGGGAAGGAUCCUCACCGUUGAAGACCACUAUUACGAAGGUGGUCUGGGGGAGGCAGUAUCCUCAGCAAUGGUCAACGAGUCUGGGUUUACUCUGCACCGCUUGGCUGUGUCCCAUGUUCCCAGAAGUGGCAAACCUCAUGAGCUCCUGAAGAUCUAUGGGAUAGACCGUGAUGGCAUCGCACAGACCAUCCGAAAGAUGCUCAGCAGCUCUGCUAAUGCCAAGUAAUUUCCU